AGCGACGAAGGCGGCAAGGGGAGCGCGGACACUGAGAGCGAACGAUGCUGCAGCACGCGGUGGCGCUAUUGCUGCAGCGUCUGCUAGGUAAAUUCGUGACCUUCGACUCGAGCAUGCUCAAGCUGAGUUUAUGGCAGGGCGAUCUGUCGUUUCAAGACCUGCAGCUGCGGUUAUCGUACGGCGAUGGCGAGAUUGGCCACCUGAGCGUCAAGAUCCCGUGGCGCGCGCUGUGGACGCAGCCAGUGCAGAUCAAGGCGCAAGGCAUCCGCAUUUCAUUGCACCAGACGCCCAAGCCGCAGCAUCGGGCGGAGACAACGGAGAUCGAGAACGUAGACACGAGCAUCGACGGCAGCAAUGGAGAUGAUCGGACGUAUCUGUCGAGAUUGGUGUCGCACAUCAUUGCCAACGUGCAGAUCGAGCUGUCGGAUGUCCAAGUGCGAUAUGACUGCGACCCAAGUUCGCUGGCGCCGCAACCGGGGAGCGGCACGCUCGAAAUCGGACACGUGAGCUUGAUCAACACAAAUGCAGAAUGGGAACUGGAGUUCACGCCGCAGUCAAGCUCAGCAAUGGAGUCGAGAAAGUUGCUGAAAACUAAGGGUGUUGCAGCGUAUAUUGAGUAUCCGUCCAAGCAGACCUCUACAGGUCCAGAGGACGAGCUUACAUCUCCCAAGAUGCACCGAAAAUAUUUAUUUCACGAAUGGCGCAGUACAGUCAAGGCAAGUUUGUAUUAUCACAGCGUCAACGCAGCGUUCCCAGACGUGGAAUUGGAUAUGGAUAUUGGCUGUGACCCUGGAAGUAUGACAGAAGAAUGCGAGAUUUGUUCCGCGCACAACGCUAGCGGCAAUGAAAGAUUCGUGCUGCAAGCCAAUCAGCCCAGGGUGCAUUUUGGACCUGAGCAUAUUGACGUGUUGUACGCCAUUCUGAUUGAAGUGAAGGCGCCUUACGACGAGUACGAUCGGUUAGCAGCGUUGACACAGCAGCAAGCAUCGCGCCCAGAUGGCUUUUUGAUGGUGCUCUCGUACGCGAAGCAGUGGCUGCUGACUGACUGCCUGGACGCUGUCGUGGGAGAAACUUUCACCCUGGCAGCCGAUAAUGAUGAUAAUGACGAUGACGACGAGUUUGAGGAUGCAAUCACCCCGCCGAGCCUAUCGGUUCGGGCAGAGCUACGCCAUGGUGCUGGGAUUUUCUUUUCUGCCAGGGAAUCUGUCGUCACUGAAGAAGAAAUUGUACGAGGAACGCAAUGGGUAUGGAUUCUAGGGGAAACUGUUGGGGUCGUUAAGCAGUCGUGCGUGGAAGAUGAGAUCCAGCUCUGUGCUCAGUCCUUACGCAUGUACGAAGUUGCUGAGCGCAGCGAGAGCUACAGCAUUUUUGACCAUGGGAGUCGAGUUAGUGAAAAUGGCGACUCACCUGAGUUGGUGGCCCCGAUUGUCCGGAUAUCCUGUCUUGUUCCAGCGUAUCAGAGCCGUCUCGUUGGACAUCAGCCAGCGUUGGACGUCCAGUUAGGCAACAUGAUGAUGUUCAUUAAAGACGAGACGCUGGUCAUGUGGAUGACUCUCUUUGCUCCCGUGUAUUUGUGGUGGAAUCAGUGGAAUUUAUCGCAUCCGAGCAAGUUGGUUACGUACGAUGAAGCGCAGAUUGCGCCGAUUGCACAUUUGGGGAUCAAGAUGGAGAAGAUCUGCUUCGUAUUUGCUCUACAUGACCAUUUUUGUUUCGGUGUGGAGCUAAAGGAUCUGGUGGUUGAAACCUCUGAGCCUGAUCGCGAAUUCGUGAAAAGUGACUUUCGAACAAGUGUACGAUUGUUCUCAGUAGACCAAAGCUUGGCCUUGUUGCAAUCGCAGAUGGCUUUAAAUGACGUACAAGGCUUGCAUGAAAUAUUGGCUGUCAACGACUUCUCGCUGACGAAAACGAGUCAUUCUAGAACACAAUGGUCAAUGGAUUAUUACUCCUGCAAGCACUGUACUGUGGGGAGGCACGGGGCGAUUUCGUACGAGCAACACAACGCUGAUCUUGAACAAGAAACUGCUAUGUACAACUAUGAAGCGCGGCUUUCAGCAAUACGAAUUGACUGGAAAAUGAUAGAACUGGAGGCUCUUUGCUGGGUAGUUGGAAAGUGGAGCUUCUUUCUUCCCGACAAGCCCGCUAACGGACCUGAUCGGGAUCUACAUCCGGCAAUAGGAAGUACAAGUGUGAAUCUGGUGUGCCAGCGAAUGGUAUCCGUAAGAACGCCCGAAGUUCGGUUAUGCGUUUCUGAUGAUCGGCCAGAUAAGUCCUCCACGUUUGUAUUGUGCAUCAAGGACGUGGAAUGGUCGUCACGUGUUUGCACGACAACUGGUAGCCAGAGCGUUAGUGUUUCGUCAAUUUCUCUUCAAGAAGGUGAAAAUGUUAUUGUUCAAGUUGCUGAAAGUCCAGGGUUGCGUGCCCCUGCUCUCAGCGCAACGUAUCAUAUGAGUAGGACCUAUUCGAGUGACCCCCACACAACUGCAGCGCCAUCGAUCUUGCGAUUCGACCGUCAGACUACUCGGGGCGUUAUCUCAGUUGAACGUCUGUAUGGAGAGUUAUUCCUUCCAGAUGUACAAACCGUUCUGAAGUGGAUAGGAGGAUGCCACGACAGAUAUUUGCUGGGUUUUAUUCUGUCAACAAGCUUUGGAUAUGAACUGGACGAUUUCCGGCGCAACUUGUCAAAGCUGGGGACUCAAGUAUCGUCGACGCUGCUGGAGGAUUCAUCUUGCUUUGAUGACGAGGUUGUAGUAAGUCUGUCGGUAGUGCAUGGUUUGCAGAUUGACGUCAAGCAACGGGAUCAAACACCCGGUGCCUCUCUCGAAGGCGUGGAGUCUAUCAAAACGAUUGCUCGUGUGGAAGUUUCGAGCAUGUCGCUACAAGGCAGUGGGUCGGGUGCUGCUGUGUGUGGCCGGGGAUUUGAAGUCAAGGGCAGCGUGAGGAAUUUGCAGUUGACUGAUUUGACUUCUCCAAGUGGAUCGCAAUCUGAUGUGGCGUUGCCGAAUCGACAAGCCAUUGGUUCGCCUUCAGAUAUGCUAGACGGAGUCGCUGAUGUGGGGUCAUUUGGUGUGAAAAAUGUCGUUGACUUUGUGAUUAACUCUUCUGGGGAUACUGAUGGCGGUAUUUUAGUUCGCGUGCGCUUGGACUCCGUGUGUAUUGUGUAUCUGCACAGGGUAUUCAAACAGUUCCACCACUACCUGUUUGACCACAUUCUAGAAGCUCUCGUCAACCCGCUGGAGGAAUAUCCGAGCUGUGAAAAGGCCGAGUUUGUAUUUAAGAGUUAUGUGGUGACUACGGCUGCGCUCCCUGUAUCAGUCAAAGAGCUCCUCCGCAUGUAUUACAGUGCAGUGGUAACCGAAGUGAACGAGCGUGCUGGUGCCAUGGGAAUAGCGAAAGGAGAGAUGGGAAAUGUACGCUUUGAAGUUGUCGGAAAUGACUUGGCGUUUGCGUUGCCCCGCAGCUCAUUCUCUCGGGAUAGCAUCAUUCUUCGAUCAACCAAUGCCCGCUUCUGGAGCAGUGGAAUUGAUCCUUCAACUUCUGAUUUCCUGCAGAACGGUACCUUUGUCGACGAGUCACGGCUGUCGUAUGGCUCAGCUCUUGCCGGUGCAUCUGCAGCGAAGGCUCAGCUUUCAAGGCGAACGGAGUUAAGAAAUCUGCGAAGACAAAUCAAAAACCAGCGCUCGCGAAUCUUGAGCAACCGGAGUCAGCUGUUUAUUGAUCUUCGUAGUGCCACACAGCAAGCACAAAACUAUCUGCAUGAAGGUUUUCAGGCUCUCCCGGCUGCAGAAGAUGCGGUGAAGAUCAUCCAUAGUAAGAUUCUGCACUUGGAUCAGCAGUUGGAGCAGCUGACGCAGUAUCUUCUCAAAGUGGAUGGGGCACUGGAUGAAGCUAAAGCUGAAGGAGAAGCACUGAAUAGCGGUGGACGCGAUAGUCUGCAGUUUUUGGCAAGCACCCCGACAAAUGGUUCGCGAAGGCGGUCAGACUCGAUGGAGCAGAUUCGUCAGGACGUUGCGGGUAUGUCGCAGCAUCUCAUGACGCCUUUGUUCGUGGCGGAGGACGCUGAAUUCCAUGAUGCACGAGUCGCAUCGAACGCCAACAUGGUGUCAAGGGGCAAUGGCGAUGCAGAUAUGUCAACGUAUUCAGUGGGGCUUUUCGAGUUUGAACUGGUUGAUCUAAGUGGCACCACGCGUGAUUCUGCGUCGCCGCUCUUCCAUCACUCGCUACUUACUGGACGCAUUGAUUCGGAACCGGAGAGUUUGUCUGAAGCGGCUCUGAGCUCGUACUUUGGGGUUAGUCUAUCAAUGAAUGAACUCAGCAUCGGAACGGGUCCAGAGCAGUACACAACUCUCCUCGGUAUGAUCUAUGAAAACUUUCGGGAAGUAUCACGUGUCGUCACGGAAGAUACGUAUCCAUUGUGCGCCACGUGUGGAGGACUCCACCAUGCCAGCGAAAACUGCAGAGCAAUAUGGAUGAAGAUCCCAGUGAAGGUUGCUGACGCUGCGCUUCGCAUCUCGAAUAAAGACCAUCCCGUUGCCGACAUGUUCUGGGAACAGCUUGAGUUGGUAUUUACAUUGCGGACGGAUGAUUCGCUGGAGUUCAGUGCGUCGGCAUUAAGUUUUACGACGGCAGAUAUCCGACCUACUCGUUGUCAGCCGGCCUCUGAAAUUGUUCGUCCGCUUCCUGGAGACGGUCUGCAAAUAGAGUACAAUCAAAAGAUGAACUGGACGGACACCAUCUACGAUUUGAAGGUGCGGAACACCAACUUUCUGGGGGUGUAUCCAGCUUUCCACGACAUCGUAGCAUUCUUUGCAGAGCCAAUUCUCGCAGUGGGAGAGUUCCUGGAUUUCGAUGUUGGGUAUAUGUGCCCUCCUCCUCCAGAUUGGCAGAAAAUUGACUUCUUCUUUACUUCAUCCGGAUGUCUGUUCUCUCUAUUGGAAGAUUUUGGAACGGCCGACGCACGCGCGCUGGUGAUGCUGACGGAUGUUGUGGCUGCAUACUCAACCCACCAGAAGCGCAAGGGUGCGACGGAUAUGACCAAGUGUCACUUGGAGUUUGAUCAGCAUGGCGUUUAUUUCUCGCAGCUUCCCGAUCUCCAGAUUGACGCAUCUUUUCCUUUGUCAAACUCGUUUCUUUUGGUGUUUGACCACUUUGUGGAAGGCUCGAUCUCACUCUCGCGACGUAACUCGUUCGUGUUGGCCCCUGUGGAGACUCGAUUUUCUGUCCAAGACGCCAAUUUAUUUAUUAACAUCGCAAACAAUUAUCUGCGGUGGGUUCCGUCAUCAUCUCGAUCGAAUUCCACGAAGGUCUCACCCAAUGGAGCGAGGAACGGGUCAAACAAUGCACCAAAGUCUCAUUCUGGAACACCGACCUAUACUGCUGACAAGCUUCUGGGUGAUGUGGGUGAACUGCGCUUGGUGCUCGUGAACAACAGCUUAGGCAUUCCUAUUGCUGAUUUCCACAUGCGGGAGAUUGUGUGCGAGUACAUCAAAGACGAAGACUACUCGACGACUAUGGGCGCCACGCUGCUUUUCAACUACUUCAACAACAGUAUCUACCGAUGGGAGCCGCUGGUGGAGCCUUUUGUGGUCCAGAUGCGUAUUCAUCGUGCUCUGGAAGAGAACAGUCUUGUGGAAGUGUUUGCGAAUCUACCGAACACUGUCAACUUCAACAUGACUCCCGCUAUGGCUCCUUUGCUGUCAUCGGAGGCACUGAGGCAAGCUGAUUUUGUCACUUCUGGAUCAAAGUCGACGGCGCCGUUCUGGGUUGAAAACAAGACAGGUCUAGAUCUCAAGUUUAGCUUCCGUCGCGGCUCGGGGACUGUCAUUCAGCAGAUUGUAUCUGACAACGGGAAGGUGUCAGUUGAUUGUCGCGAGCAAGGAGACAUGCUGACCUUCGAUAGCGCCUCAGCGGAUAGGUUCUUGCGGGAAACUGAUCGCCAAGCGUUGACGGUCAAUCACACGCUUUCUGUGUGGUUGAACGGUAAUAAGUGGGUGAGUACAAAUCCCGUCGUUGUGGAUAUGGUCGGCCACGUAGCUGUACCUCUUCGAGAAUCGCUAGCGCAGGCGACUGAUGCAGAUGCAGAUGCGAACGACUUUGAAAAUGGUGGUGAAGAGGACAUCAGUCCGCCGACUCUGGUGGCGGAGAUCAGCAUUCAAGCCGAUGGCAGCAAGCUAAUCAGUCUCCACUCGCAAGUGGUGCUGCAAAACCGAACGUCUGUUCCCUUGAUGGUGUGGGCGUUUUCUCCUCGUGAAGGUGGCUGCAUCCAAGAGUGGAUUAUUGACCGUGAGCAGAUUUGUCAUAUUCCACUUCAACUUGUCCACCCUCAAAGCAAAAUCAGUAUUCGACCUUCGCCGUAUGUGCAGUAUGCGCCGCUGACAACCAGCUUAGAAGAACUCGGCGACGAAGGACGGACGGCAAAGUCGGUCAACACGAAGCGCUUUGUGCGCGCUGGCAACUGCAUCUGCAAUUUUGAGACUUUUGCCACGAUGGAGGAGUUGCAAAGUGCUGCAAAGUCGCUGGAAAUGGUGUCGUCAUCUUCAAUGUCAUCAGCAAUCCCGCUGUCCGGUUACGUUGUUCGAGACUUGCCUACUUGGAAAUGCACGUAUGAAGUGGAAGCAUAUUACCUGAUGCGUGCCACUUUCUCGAGUACAGAGGAGCCUCCACCAGCACAGGAAUCUGCGGUCGAUCUGGAAAAAGUUGAGGAGGAAGAGGGUGAGAAGGUGGAAGAUGACUUUCUUCACGUGUUUGGGGAACCAGCUCAACGUCAACGUAUGAACCCUUUGCGAGACGUGAAUUACGAGCUGGAUGAGGCACGAGCGGCUGGGCAGCGGCGAGGGUUGUACGAAGCGACCAAUUCUAGUCUGUAUUAUCUAUCUGUGUCGCCGUUCCUUACGCUUCACAAUCGCUUGGCGACAGCGAUGGCGUAUCGUUUGCUCAAUGGUUCUCUUCAGCUGAUCGCUGAAGGUAUAUUGGCAGUGGGAAACGUGCUGCCCUUGUUCCAAGUUGAUACGUCAGAGCUGUUGUACAUAUCGUUCCGGUUGGAGAACUACAGUUGGAGUGCCCCGAAGCUGAUUAUCAACCCGAAGAUGUCCGUGUACUCGGUGCCUUACAAGGAGACGAUUGAACCAGUACAGCUGUUAGGCCGUGCUUUUGACCGCGAUAUUACUGGAGAGCAGGGCAGUGUGCCCAACCUGCAGCUGCAGGUGAAGCUGUCCGGGCGAGACGUUAUCGUGUUCUGUUCAAUUUGGAUCGUCAACCACACUGACCUCGACCUUGAGUAUUGCAACUCGACAAGCUCGUCAUCCAAGCGACUGGAGAGUGUAGUCAAGUAUGUGCAUCGACGUGCAGGCUCGUCAGAAGAGUACAGUGAGGAUUUCUCUACCCGCUCGAUGUCGUUCCAUGGAGAAGGAGGUAGAGAAACCCAGCUGACUCGCUUGCACAAGGUGAAGCCCUCCGCCAACCCUGUUGCUGUCAUUGUUGUUAUUCGGGAAGCAAGGGAUCUGUACAACGCGCAGUUUUUCGGAGCACAGAGUCCGUAUGUACGAGCGUCUUUGUAUGUGCUUAAGAACCCCAAAGACAGGUACCUGGAGAAACCGGAGAUGGUUGCGAUUUGUUCUACCACCACGAAGCCAAGCCCGUCUGGUGGAUUAUCUCCUCAAUGGGAUGCUCGCCUGCAGAAUACCUUGCUGCUGCGCUUCCCGCCUGAAGUAAUGACAUUGGACUUGGCUAGAAUUAUCAUUGAGGUGCGCAACGUUCGCUACGGAUUGGAUACUUGUCUAGGAGUCACUGCAGUGAAAGUGGACAGCAUUUUGAAAGAUCGCAAGCGGGCUGCAGCUUUCAAUUGGUACAAGUUGCUCAAGCGCAAGUCGUCUCGUGAACGGAAGGCAUCCAAGAACAACCUUGCCAGUAUACACCGAGGAGAUAUUAGCAUAUCCUUUUCGGUUGGUAUGUCCCAAGAGUUGCCUUCGGACAUGGAUGCAGAAGAUACGGUAGAAGAAGUGACUGAAGAGCACGAUUCACCAGCUAUUCAUGACGAGGAGAUGACGGUGUCGUAUCUGGCGAGGCAAGAGAGUGAAGACUUUGAGCUGGAUGAUGUGGAAGCUGCUGCGACAAUGGAUGGACAGCAAACACCAGGACCGCUGCCAUCCACAAGUGCAGCUAGGUCGCUGCAGCGACUCCAAACGCCGUCUAGUCACGACAUGGGAUUAAUAGGCGCACCAACUACCAUGCGUGCGCGUCAAGCGUACACGUUUACAGGCGAAAGCGAUUCACAGGAGCUGCUAUCCUACGAUCCAACGUCGACCAGAGCAAUGGGCGCAUUGAUUGCGAAUGGGUCGCCGAUGAAGCCGGCUCAUACUGGAAAGCCUCAUGGGCUCCAGGUGUAUCUUCCUCACAACCGCUUCGCUUGUGUCGUCGUUGAAGUCUAUUCAAACUCUUUAAUGUCCGAUAUCUUCGAUCUCGUCUGCAUGAAGUGUGGCUUCGUGGGUGUUCUGGACAUUGAAGACUUUGACUUCUACGAGUUGGCGCUGCCUCGAUUCGUAUCGCUUCGAAGUGCUGGCCGACCAGAGGGCGAGCGUUGGUAUGGACAGCCUAUUCCGAUGACAUCAAAGAUCGAGAACAAGGGCCGCCGCCAUGGCCUUCACUUGUGUCACAGGACAACGAUGACAACGAUUCGUUUGUACGACGAAGCGAGUACGGCGAGUACUCAUCAUGUCACCCCGCGGUCGUUAGUGUCAAGCUCCAAGCGCUCAAACCCUGCUCAAAUUCGCCCGAUGCCUUGGGGAGACGUGUUGCCGUACAGUUCGGGUGGGAAGCAUUGGGAUGUGCUGCGGAUCAAGUCGCGUUCUUCGCCAUGGUCUGAGGUUAUUCGUCUCAACCGGAAUGCCAUGGGGAACUCGGGUGUUGCUCAAGUUAUCAGUCUCACCAAUGAGGUUUAUGACCAGGAGCAAGAGAGUGAACUUCGUAAAGGCACUCAAGAAGUAGCUCUGUGGAGCUGUUAUGGUAGCGGGCGAUUUUCGGAGACUAUCAUGGCCACGGUUGUUCCUCGCUACAUCUUGAUCAACAAAACUGAAGAGACCAUCAAGUAUCGACAGUUUGAUGCGCCUCAAACCUUCCGACUGGCUGCCAACGAACUCGUGCCAUUCCAUUGGCCAAGUGCGUCACGAGAGAAACUUCUGGAAGUUAGUUUACUGCACAAGUACAGCUGGAGUGGCAGCUUCCGAAUCAACUCGCUGGGGACCACGUAUUUGAAGCUGCGCGACCGGAACGACCUGUCUCGCAUCUACAUUUUGCAGUGCCAGAUCGAGUUGGUGGGCGGAUCUGUGGCGUUGAUCUUCCGAGAGGAGUCGAAGCGUUUCCCUCCGUACAGAAUCGACAACAUGACAUCGUUUCGGAUACGCUACAAGCAGACAAAUUGGGGUGAAGACAAGGACUUUGACGAGUUGCUACCGCGCUCAUCGUGUCCUUAUUCAUGGGAUUAUCUGAACGGCUCGGAAGGCAAGUCGUCGUCCUCGUCGAACCAAGACCCUGCUUUCCCUGGUAGUUCAAGCUCUUCGUCUCGCUCACUUCAAGUACGGUUCAUGCGAGUGACAUCCUCGACGUCCAAGACUGGCGGGGACUCGGACAAGGAUGCAGUGGAGAUUCGAGAGUACAAUUUGGAUGAAAUGGCGACGCACAAGCGCAUUCAGCUGCAUCGCUCCCUGCCGUCUGAAUUAUUCCUGAAGCCGGAGCAAAAGGGAUACCUGCUGAAGAAAGACAGCAUGCUCAAGUGGAACCGGAAGUACUUCCGGUUGUACGAGCACAUGUUGUACUAUUUCGCCAACGAAACGGACCAGGAGCUCCUCGGAGUUGUCGAUCUACGCACAGGUUCCGACGUGCCGGGUGUUGGUGGAGUCGCGAUUUUUGAGAAGGCUGCAGAAGCUCCAUCAAAGAGCGGGUUUAUUUCUUUGAAUGGGCUGGUUUCUUCGAUCUCGGGCAGUCUCUUCGGUGGCGGUUCGAGACAGAAAAACGGAGGUGACGAUGACGAUGAUGACGAUGGAGACGACAGGUCGAGAGAGCUUGUACGACUUGCAGUUUCGUUAACCACGUCCAGUGUGUUGUGUGAAGAGUCUGAGAAGUUCGUGAACGCACAUAUUGAAAGUGGGACGUUUGCAAAGAGCGGCGUUACGCGGAAGGGCUUUUACGUGAAUGGACAAGAUCUAGUCGACUUCUUGGUGACAGAAAUGAGUACACAGACGAAGGCGCAGGCGUUCACGACAGCGCAGGAGAUGAUGGAACUUGGUGUACUAAAGCCAAUUCAGAUAUCGUCCGACGUGGGUGCUCACAAACAAGCGCCGUUGAGAAGUUUCCAGUGCUCAAAAAUCGUGUGGUACAGUGUUGACUCGAUCAAUCUAGCAGAGGACUCUGACUUGGACUCCGAAGACAGUUCCAGCAUAACCACACCGCGAGAUAGCGAUCUAUCUGCCAGCAAGCCUGGUGCAAUGCCACCCGUCAUUGGGUCGAACCAAUUCUCGAUCAUUACGCCGACGAAAUGCUACGAUUUGAAGGCCAAGAACCCGAAGAUUGCUAAAAUUUGGGUGAGACGACUACGGCUGGCUACACAAGGCGGCCAGGCUGGCGAUAUCGAGGAUAUGCCAGAGGAGACACCGAUGGCAGGAGCCCCCAAGACGGCACGCUCGCAGAGAGACCUUAUUCCACAGGUUCAAAAUGCGAAGACUUAUGUUCAUGUUCGCAUCCGUGCAGAUGGACCGACUAAGGUGUUGGAGCUGUUUGAAGGUGGUGAAGAAGACUUUGACGAAAGAGAGAACAAGUAUGAGCUAUCCAGCACAGCGUCGGCGUCUUCUGACUCACCUACAGCGAGUGAAACCUCCGCUAGCGCGUUGGAAUCUCUGACUUCUGGAAUGGCAUUGCAUCUACGCGUGGAUGGAGUCGGCAUCUCGUGUGUGAACGAACUUCCAAUGGAGCUGGUGUACGUAUACUUGGGUGGUAUUAGUCUCCAUUACUCUCGUGUGAAUUCCAACAUGCGAAUGAACAUUACGCUGGACGAUCUGCAGAUUGACAACCAGAGUGAAGAAGCGACAUUCACGAAGUUGCUGUGCCCGCGAAUGGAAAAUGCAACUGCAGUCAACCCAACCCGGAAAAGAACUAUCGGUGACAUUGACGAAGAUCUCGCUGAAAUGGUUAGCCAAGGCAGAGGAACUGGCGAUGACAAUGGCGACGAUGACUUGCCGGAAAACACGGGCUUGAUCUCGAACCAGAAUAUCUUCAGUUGCGCUGACUGCAAGUAUCGCCAGGCGAAUGUAGCGGCGAUGCACUUCUGCUGCACGUGGUCCAACGAACAGGGCAAUACGGAUUAUUUCAAGCACUGCUCGUUCUGGUUGUAUCCAGUCAUCACGCAGCUGGAUGAAGAGCUCUUGGUGUCAGCUCGAGCAUUUAUGGCGGCGAUGUCACAGUCGUGGGGGCACAACCGAUCGCAGAAUCGUGGUGGUGAGAUUCGGAUGAAGAGCAUUCCGAUUGAGAUGAUGAUGGAGUCUCUGGCAGAGUACAGGGAAAACACUCACAGUGACGAACUGAACCCGCUCACGAGUCUGAAGUCGUACACCACGACAUCAUCCUCGGAGACUCGAAAAGUGUACUUUGCUCUACUGCACAUCCACCCGAUGGACUUUGAUAUCACGUUCCGCAGCGAUGUCUUCCAGACGAGCACAACGAUCAGUCUUCAUGAAGCGGCCAGCUUUAAAAAGGCGAGCAGCCAUGCUGAUGAAAUGAAGCGCUCCAGCUCGGCACCAUCCUCGUUCGGUGACAGUAGCGGAGAAGACUCGUCUUCCGUGACCUGGGCCAUCCCAAGUUUGACGAUGCACGUGCCAGAUCUUGAUAACGCUCCCGUGCGCUUGAACGCCUUGAUGAUCGAACACGCCUUCGGUACGAGCGGUGAUCUGACUCGUCGAGUAUCCAAGUACUACACGCGCCAGCUCUGGAAACAGCUACACAAGAUUCUGGGAUCGUUUGAUUUCCUUGGAAACCCAGUCGGAUUCCUGGAUCACAUCGGAACGGGAGUGCGUGACUUCGUGUAUGAACCUCUGGAAGGGUUGAAGAUUGGUGGUAAGGGCUUCAGCAAGGGUCUGGCUAAGGGCACAGCGAGUUUGAUGUCCAACACGGUGGACGGCACGUUUGACGCGGCUAGUAAGAUCUCAGGCACGUUCGGACAAGGAUUCGCGAACUUGAGUUUGGACGAUCACUACCAGCAGAACCGCGCCCGUGCUCGCCGUCGUCAUGUCCGCGGACUGCGCGAAGGACUAGUACAAGGCUCGCGCGAACUAAGUCUUGGUGUCUACGAAGGUGUUGCUGGACUCGUGUUGAAUCCCAUGCGAGGAGCCCAAGAAAGUGGCGCUGUGGGGUUCGUAAAAGGCACGAUCACUGGAAUCAUCGGCCUCCCUGUCAAGCCUGUAGCUGGUAUCUUUGACUUUGCAUCCCGAGCUACACAAGGUGUGCGGAACCGGUCCUUACAGAACGGACAGAACAUGCAGCGAGUACGACGACCGCGUGUGUUUGGACGCUACAAUGAGCUGAAAUGCUACAAGGAAGCUGAUACGAUUGCGUACGAACUGCUCAAAAGAGUCGGAGGUGAGCGGCUUUCAGGCGAGAAAAUCAUCUUCUACAACGAAAUCAUGCAGUCGGUGAGUGCGGCGGAUCUUACGCGUGAAGCGCGAGACCGACGACAGAGCGGUAGCAAUGGAAACGGAAAGUCGAAGAGCAAUGACUCAACUCGUGAGCGCACGAACUCGCUGCGUCGAGCAUUGCAGGAAGACGAUGAACGUCGCCGCGCUGCUGGUGAGAAUCCAAAUGCAGGUACAGGGGAAAGUAGUGGACGCAAGUUACGCUAUGAGGUAGUGUUCUAUCACAAGAAGCUGGGGAUGGAUCUGGAGACGGACUUCUACUGCGAGAACGUGACGAUCAAGGCGAUGGAUGAAACUUCACGAUCCAAAGUCAAAGUGCGUGGACAAAUCGCUCCUGGACAACAAGUAUUGCAGGAAGGAGACUGCCUCAUCGGAGUUGGCGGCGUGGACGUGCGUGGUAUCGGUUUCCACGAGACACUGGCGCUACUGCGCGGCACAGCACGACCCAUCACGGUUCAAUUCGAGAGCGCAGAGGAGCUGAUGCAGGAAACUCCUACGCCAAAGCCGGAUCAUUCUGAUAGUGGAGAAAUCGAGUUUGGAGCGACAAGUAGAGCGCGUCUACGUCGCUUGUCUGUGGCUGGUACUGGAUCUGGAAACGACGCAGUGGACGAGUCGAUCAAGAAGCUGAAGGUUCAGUUGUCACACUGGCUGAUCGUCACGGAGCAGCGUGUGCUCUACAUCAACGUCGGGUCAUACACUAAGCCCGUGGUAGAGUGGAUGACACCGCUGCGCUACAUCUACCGCGUCGAGUGGCAGAAGAACGCAGCUCGGAUAUGUCUCCACCUCAGCGUCGGUGUGGACAGCCUGCCGAUGGGUCCGCGUUUGCGACCGUCUCUCAAGGCUAUCGACGGUCACGAACGGGACAUGAACGUCUUCUUGGACGUCAUGUGGCACAGCUUUGGCUCGGCUACUGCUGAAGAGCAGGAGCUCUGGCCUUCAGACACGAGUCUUAACGGCUAUCUGCUGAAGAAAGGAGGAUUCUCGACGGUGCGUCGCUGGUUCGUGCUGAGUCGCAAUUGUCUCUACUACUUUUCCAGUCGCAAGCAGCUUCGCGGUAUCAUUCCGCUGGGCCACGUACGACUCGAGACGGACGCGGGUGACGCGCGCUGUCUGCGUAUUACGAACGCUACUCGCUCACAACCACUGGUUACACUGCAAUUGGACAGCGGGCAAGUCGUGGAGCGUGUGCAGAGUGAAGUGGUGCUGGUGGCCGCCUCGACUCAAGAACUAGAGAUGUGGCAGUCGUCGUUAGCACAUGCAGCCGGCAAGGGCAUGCGGCACUCUCGCGGCACACGCUUCUUCGUGCCAACCGCUGCGUCACGCCUUGAGAUCGGCACACAAGAAACCCCGGACUUUGUCGUGAAGCCGCUGGCUGAAGCUCUCAAGAAGACUGUCGAGGUGUUCAACACCAAGUUGCCGUAGACUUCGACUGGCGAGUUGAAGUGUAUGUUAUACGUGACACAUGGCUACACAAUUAUUAGAUCAAUUUUGACUAUGAAUUACGUAAUCCCGUGGUUUUACUCUCA